AUGGGGAGCGACAUCAGUAAGAACAGUAAGAGAGAGGGACCACCUGCUCGGCAUCGACUCAAUUAUGGAUUCCUCUCAAACGUGGGGGCCUACAUCUCUCACAGACUCGGACACUCGGCUGUGUUUUCUCGGCCUGUGGGACCGGACGGCAGACCGCCCAUCCUCAAACUCCUGCAGCCUCCAGAGGACACAAAGACGACUCCUCCAGCUUUCAUCUCCGUCUUUCUGCCUGAGUUCCCACAGCAUAACCUCCCUGGACGAGAGCAUUUCAAGAUCCUGGGCUUCAUAGCCAAAGGCUCAUAUGGACCCAUCUUGAAAGUGAAGGACAUUUACAAAGAGAAGACCUAUGCUGUGAAGGUUCUACCAAAGUCAGACAUCUUGAAGCAUGGAGUGCUGGAGCAGUCAAAAGAAGAAGUCAUCGUUCAGCGGCAGCUCAAACACCCAUUCAUCCACAAUCUGCAGGACUGCUGGCAGACACAGCGCCAUCUCUUCAUUAUGUGCGACUACUGCACCACCGGAGACUUGUACACUUACUGGUUACUGAAGGGCCAGUUUGGGGAGGAUGAGGUUUGUCUCUUUGCUGCAGAGCUGGGCAGUGCGCUGGGAUUUCUGCAUGACUUAGGGAUCAUACAUAGAGAUGUGAAGAUGGAGAAUAUUCUUUUAAGUGAUCAAGGUCACCUUCGUCUGUCUGAUUUUGGACUCUCGCGGCGGCUGAAACGAGGAGGAAAAGCAUUUACGAUAUGUGGGACGAUCCAAUACAUGGCUCCUGAAGUUUUAAGUGGUGGUCCGUACAACCACGCUGCUGACUGGUGGUCUUUUGGCAUUAUGCUGUUCUCACUGGUGACGGGAGAGUUUCCAGUUCCUGCAGAGCCGGACCACAGCACCAUGUUGAAGAAGGUCACACAUUUUCCUUAUGUCCUACCUGAGACCUUCAGCUCUGCUCUGAUCUUACUGCUCACUGAGCUUUUGUGCAAGAGUCCAGUGACCCGGCUUCGUAACCUGGAGUGUUUGAAGAUGCAGGCUUUCUUUCGUGGCACUUCAUUCGACUCUCUCAUCCUUCAAAAGACGCCCGUUAAAGUCAUCCUGGAGCUCAGGACUCAUCCUGAUUGGGCAGCCAAAGCAAUGAGAGGCCUUUCAUUGGACUACUUUAAUAACUUUGACUGCGAUACAAUUCUCCAUUCUCCUGCAACUCCCACUGAAGUGUCUCCUACGUUGACCAACAUGGACCUGAGCCCAGCUACAGAACAGACUUGUAAAGCAUAAGACUGGACAAUGUUUAUGAAGAAAACUGGAAGUUGACUGGAAAUGAGAAACUGUAUAUUUUUACUUCUAUUUUUAUUGCUGUCAGUCUAUAACGAAGUAAAGUUGUAAAUGAUCAACAUUAUUUGUUGGUAAUUUACAGUACUGGAAUUCUAACAAAUCAUCCGAGUGGUUUAUCCUUACAUUUAUAAAUGAAUGAAUUAGAAUUUGAUAGCAAACAUUUUGUGCUCCUUGGUACAGUUGAGAUGUAUGAGCUGUGUGCAUCUAUGAUUUCUCUGCCCAGCUGGACGUGCCUGGAACACCUCCCUAGGGAGGCGCCCAGGUGGCAU